GUCGUUAGGGGCGGGACUUGGCCUGUCGCCCGAGGACCUGCAGGGAGGAGGGGGCGGGGACACCCAGAGGAAGAAGAAGAAGCUGUCCAAUCGGGGCUUUGAGCGGCUUGGCGCGGCAGAGAUAAAGGUGCAGGGCAGCAGCAGAAAGAGUGUCCUCCAUGGUGUCCUCAGCUCUAAGCUGGCCCGUGACGUGGCUCAUCACCACCAGCACCUCAGACAGCACAAGGCCCAGGGCGGGAAGAGGACUGGGAUGGGGGCGGGGCCACGGGAUAAGGAGGAGGCGGCCUCUGCGUCUAGUUCCGCCCCCAAGCACCAUGGAUGUCGAGGCCAAGCCACCUCCAAGGCUGAGUCCCGACGAGUCAUCAACGAGUCCGGCGGUCAGAGUGACACUGCAGCCAGUGGAGACAGCGGCGGCCAGGAGGGCUGGACGGGGACCCCGCUAAUGAUGCGUGGGGGCAGGAGGAAGGGGAUGGGGAUGGGGGGAGCUCUGGGGGUCCAGGGGUCCACACGGCUGCAGCAGCCCAGAGCCAGGAACCAGGAAGCCAUGGAGGAGGGACAGACCACCCCCGCAGAGAGUGAAUCCUCCGACCAGGAAGAGGAAGAAGAGGAAGGAAGUUAUGACAGUGACGAAGGACAAGACAUUAAAGCACAACCCUCCCGAGACGUCUUAUCAUGCUCCGCCGUGAUUGGUCCAUCCCCCUCGUCUGUCGUCAAGCUGGAGGCCAAUCAGAAAGCCCGGAACAAGAGAGAGAGGCAGGAGCUUUACGGUUCCCAGAGUCUGUCCGGGGCGGAGGGAGAGGUGAAGGUGAGGAAGAGGGCCCCCUGUAGGCUUGGCAUGGUCACUGCAGCCAAGAAGCACCCAGAGUACCAGGACCAGUCAGAGGGGGUGAAGAGGGCUGGCGGACCCAGGCCCCAGGAGCCUCGCUGGGAGAGCCUAGGGACCAGGGGCAGCCUCUACCGGAGGACCAUGGGGUCAGUCACCUUCUCCACCACCAGUGAGAGGCUGAAGAGGGCCACACGCAAGAACACCAUGCUGAGAGGACCCAUUAACAAGAGGAGAAGUUGCUGGUCAGGCGGUGUCCAAUCACCUCAGAGUAACGACAACACUUGCAGGGGGAGGAGGAUCCGAAACAAACAGCCCAAGGGCCGUGCGGUGAGCCGGCUACUAGAGAGCAUGGCGGCGGACGAGGGCUUUCAGAUGGACGAGGAUGAUAGUAGCUUCUCCGAGGGGGAUGAGGACAGUAACCCGUCAUACCCUCACAACCCCAGGAGCCCACUAGCAGCCCCCAGCUGUGUCCUGACCAAACAGCUGCUGACAGAUGGACUCAGGGUGCUCAUCUCCAAGGAGGACGAACUUCUCUACGCAGCCCGGGUCCACACACUGGAGCUGCCAGACAUCUACAGCAUUGUUAUUGACGGGGAGAGAGGAAACCGCCCCAGAAUCUACUCCCUGGAGCAACUGCUGCAGGAAGCGGUCCUGGAUGUGCUUCCAGAGACAGAGUCGGUGCUCGCUGAGGGGACGAGGGUGUGUGCCUACUGGAGCGAACGCUCUCGUUGCCUAUACCCAGGCAACAUACGGAGAGGUGGUUCAGGGGAGGAGGGGAAGCAGGGAGGUGUGAUGGUGGAGUUCGAUGAUGGAGACAGGGGGAGGAUCUCCCUCCCAAACAUCCGCCUCCUCCCCCCGGGAUACCAGAUCCACUGUGCGGAGUCGUCCCCUGCCCACCUGGUGUCUAGCAGCCGGGCGGCUCGGAGGAGCUUCAGUCUGGAGAAAGCCCCCAUAAAUGAGAGACCCUCUGAGAGACAGGCCAACACAGAGCCUGUCAGGAGACGACCAGGGAGACCCAAAGGUUCAGGGAAGAAGAAGAACCUGUCAGACAGCACCAAUAAGAACGCAGCCCCUCUGCUCAGCUGGCCGGCUGUGGCCGUCCCCAGGAAGAGGGCCUCUGAAAAUCUGUUCCAGCUCAACAGGACUCCCAGGAAGGCCCUGAGGGGGACGAGGGAGGCCCACCUGUUCCCCCUGCCCCCGGCCCCUGUAUCUGCCCCGGCCAAGGGCCUGUUCAGCAGCAGCUCCUUCGAGGUUGACUCCUUCAGCAGCAUCGCUAACGGCUACUCCUCCUUCUGUAGCACCCAGCCCACCGGCAUGUCCCUGGGUUCCAGGACCGGGCAUUAUGUCCAGAGACGGAGGCCCGGCGAGGUGCCGCGGAGCAGCAGGAAGAGCGGUCAGGAGUUCCUGGUCAAACUGGAUCACGAGGGGGUGACUUCACCUAAGACGAAGAACAGCAAGGCCCUGCUGCUGCUGGGCGGCAGCUCUGGGUUCGGGGCCAAAGGCGUAGGCGGCCUCCCCAGGCCUGAGGCCUACUCCCACCCAGUCCUGCUGGUCAAGGACAACAGGAAGGGAGGUUCUGCCUCGAGGGCUGAGCUCCUCCUAAAGGGUGCCCCUCCUUCACAGAGGAAGGCUUCUCCCUCCCUGGCUAUGGGGGAGUACGGUGUCGGCGAGCUGGGUCUCAGCUGCCACCGGGACUGCCACAGCUCCUACUCGGACCUGGACGACGAAGAGGAGGAGGAACAGGAGGAGAGGAGGAGGAGAAGGGCGGCUGCGCUGGCCACAGCAGCCUCUGGAGGCCUGAGGACAGCGGGAAGCUUCCUCUCGCGUCUCUCCGUCUCGUCCUCUUCCUCUGGUUCCUCAAGUUCAUCCAGCUCGGGCUCCAUGUCCAGUUCCAGCCUGUGCUCCUCAGAUAAUGACUCGUCCUACAGCUCGGAGGAUGAGGAGAGCUCCACGCUGCUGCUACAGAGCUGCCUGUCCUCCCACCACGGCCUGUUGCAGCCCCCCGAGCCCCCAGCUGCAGCCGGACCCCACCAGGGCCAACAGUCCUUCGUGGCCAAGGCCGUGGCUGUAUCCAACACCAAGGGAGGAGGAGGAGAGGCCCCCAAUGACCACAGUGCCAACAACAAGCUUCUCAAGAGGAAGGAGUGCGGCAGCUCGUCCCCCUCCAAACCCCCCAGAGACCUAGUGAAGAGGCAGAAGAUUAUCCCCGAUGAUGCAGGCCCAAGACCCAAGAUGAACACGUUCCUACCGGGGAGACAGAUGUGGAGGUGGUCGGGGAACCCCACUCAGAGGCGGGGGCUGAAGGGGAAGUCCAGGAAGCUGUUCUACAAGGCCAUCGUACGGGGAAGGGACACAGUGCGAGUGGGCGACUGUGCCGUGUUCCUCUCUGCCGGCCGGCCCCACCUGCCCUAUGUGGGCCGCAUCGAGAACUUCUGGGAAUCGUGGAGCUCCAGCAUGGUGGUGAAGGUUAAGUGGUUCUACCACCCAGAGGAGACCAAGCUGGGCAAGAGGCACCGCGACGGCAAGCACGCUCUGUAUCAGUCGUGCCACGAGGACGAGAAUGAUGUCCAGACAAUCUCCCACAAGUGCCAGGUGGUGGGCCGCGAGGAGUAUGAGGAGAGGACCCGCGGCCAUAGACCCAGCAGCAGCGUGACCAUCCAGGGCCUGUACUAUCUGGCUGGCACCUACGACCCCACCAGCGGUCAACUGCUCACUGCUGAGGGGGUGUCCAUCGUCUGCUGAGCUGAGGACAUCUUGUCCUGAGGAUACUACUGAACCACCCAUCUGAUGGGUCUGAUGGGAAAUGAAGGUGGAAGGUCCACACGGCUUUGCCUGGAGGUGCCCAUGGCCUGACUCAGUCCAUAGGAGGGUUCCCAGAUGGGUCAGUCCUGGAGGAAGUGAAGGUCAAGGUGCCUGUGGCUUUGCCUGAAGGACCCCUGGCCUUACUCAGUCAGUGCUGACUACUGGGGGACGUCAGGGCCAAGGCAGGGCUGUCCCCUGUCUACACUGGAUAUCUCAACAUACAUGGCUGCUAGACUAGGGUCUAGUUAGAAGAAGGGGAGGGGGUAGCCAUUCACAGCAGUGAACCCCGUUCUGCUCCCACCCUCACUGGGUAACUUAAGACAAAGAUCUGGGUCCUGGACCUGAACAACCAGGACCCAAGAGUUCAAUGACAUCCGACUGACUUUCCAUCGGUCUAACUUAACAUCUCUUUAGUUUAGACUGAGGAUGGCAUGUUUGAGGGACAGUUUCACGCCUGAUCUUUACACCACUCACCCAUAAUAGGUCACCAAAUUAGAGCUGAACGUAGGUUUGGAUUGGACAGCUCAAGGCACCAUAAGGUCCCUCCGGACUAGGCCAGUGGAGCGAGUGAGGUAUGGGAUGUAGUCUCCAUAGUUCGUCUUCGUGAUUCCAGGGAUGUUAAAAUAUGUAUAAGAUAUCGAUGAUAAAGAUGUAAAUAUUUGGAAUGAUCUUUCCAAUCAAGCCAUACACUUCAGUACCUCUUGUCUCUCUUAUGGAUCAGGUGUAUAUUGUAUAGGUCAAUUAUUUGUUAUUUUUGUUGUUGUUGUUGUCUAUAUGUAUAUAACAACUAUUUUAUAUAGAAGUAUAUAUGAAAGGUAUCUUUCCAUGUUUUUUUAUUGAUUUAUUUUUCUAUGAGGGGUGAAUAUGGCUCUUUGUGUUUUUCUUUGGGACGAUGAGCUGAAGAUGCACUACACAUGCCCUGCUGAGAGAGAGAGACAGACAGACAGACAGACAGACAGACAGGCAGGCAGACAGGCAGACAGGCAGGCAGGCAGG